AUGGACGACAAUGAACUGGAACAAAAGUACUCCGAGUGUAGAUCUUGGAAACUCAAACCAUACGGCCUUGGAAAACAGUCCCGAAAAGCCACCCGCUGCCGGUGGUCCCACGAGGAGGUGGAAUCCUUUUUUGCCAUCAUAAACCAACUGAAACUGCAAAUUCCUUUAAGGAAAAACCGCAAUGACAAAGUCUUCAAGGUGAUUGCUCGUGAGAUGGCCAAGCGCAACUAUCCCAAGAGUCCCAAGCAGCUGAGGGUCAAAUACCACCAGUUGAGGCGUCAGUAUGUGCGGGCCAGGAACGGCGGCGAGUCCUUUGACCACUUUGCCGAAGUCCACGAACUGAUGCAGGGAAAUGAGGGCUCAGAUUUUGAAGCCGAACUGGAGAGUGAAAGCGACGCGGAGGCAGAGGAGGAUCUGGGCUCGGAAAGCGAAGAAGAAGAAGAUGCCUUAGAAGCCUCUUCUUCGUCAAUUCACACCAAUGCCCGCUGCAAAUGGACCGAGGGCGAGGUGGACCUCCUCUUUGCUAUCCACACGCUGGGUUUGAGGACGGCGCUACUUCGAAAACGGAAUGCCAAGGUCUUCAAGCUGCUGGCCAAGGAGAUGGCCAAGCGAAACAGCUACAAGGGUCCAGACAAGCUGCGCAUCAAAUUCCAGCUACUCCGGCGGAUGUACAAUAAGGUCAAGAACGGCACGGGGGAAACCUUCGAGCAUUAUGAAGCCAUGCGACAGGUCCUGGAUCCCACCGAGGAGGAAGCGGCGGCGGAGGCGGAGGCGGAGGCCAAUGUCAGCAGUGCCAGCGAGGGAAGCGACUUCAAUGACAGUGAUGACGACGAGGGCGGUUCGCAGAGAAGCGGAACUCAUUUUUGGACCGACGAAGAGGUGGAUGCCUUUUUGCUCAUCAUCCGGGACAACGGUUUCUUUCGCGCCUUGGACGGCUCUCGGAAGCGAAAUUUCCAGACCCUCGUACAUAUUUCUAAUAUCCUGGCGAAGCAGGCCAUUAAGAGGACCCCACACCAGCUGCGAAAUAAGUUGAGAUUGCUAUUUAAGCGCCAUCGCGAGGCCAAGGAGCAUGGCCUGGACAAUGUCCGGAUACUGCCCCGCCACUUUAAGCUCUUCGACGAGAUUACCGGUACCUCGCCGCGGGAGAACAGGAAGCGGGUCAAACAGAGACCCAUGCGACUGCUUAAAUCAUCGCUACCCAAGCAAUCACCGGUGAAGCUUCAGCCGGAGAGUGACACCGAGGAGGAGUCCAGCUCCACCUGCGAUCUGUUGCGAGCUGGCGGCGAUGAUUACGAUGAGGAUUACGAUGAUACUGCCGUGGAGAAGGAGCCCACACCGCUGGAAUCUCUCAAGGCCAUUAUAGAGGGUCAGAAGCAUCUCCUGGCGCAAAUUAAGACUGCCAACGAGACCCAGCUAAGGCAACAGCGGGACCAGCAGCAACAGUUCCUCGACAAAGUCACCCAACUGAUCCGGCGAGAACGGGAGGAAACCCUGCGCAGGAUCAGUGAAAUGCUGGCGCCCCCUUAAUAAUUAAUUAGAACCCAGCCGGAUCGCAUCAAGCUUCUAAAACUUUUAUUGAAUUGAAUUCGAAGUUAUUGCAAAAAGUUGUCAUUAUUUAUAUAUAGUAUAUAUAUGUAUGUCUUCUAUAUUCA